AUGGCGGAUAUGAAGGCAGCCGGCGCAAACCAUAUGAACGGGUCCGCGACGCCCACGCAAACGCCAAAUCCCUACGAAACAAGACCUAAUCGCAUCCCCAAUGACGACCCAUUUCUCGCUCAAAGUGCGCAAUACGGCCGCUAUGCGCCGAGCGAUACUGAUUUCAUUCCUCGCUUCAUGCAGUGGUAUCAGCCCGACCCGGAGGUGAACGCGUUUUGGGAGGGCGUUGCGCAGAAAUAUUGUACCCCGGACCAUUCGCUUCACAUUUCGGGACCGAGGGAGGCAUUCGCUGCUGGUAGUAUAAUCAUUUGGGUUGACCGCCAGCUAGCAGAUGGUGAUAUGUCGGAGAGAUACACUUGCGCCAAUGAUAAUGAGUUAUCUGCGGCGCGCAAGGCUGAGGAUGCGCUACGAGGAAUCGGUGUUUCAGUGCCUGUGACAUAUUUUUGCGGGAAGAUCGAGGAGAGGAAUGUCACAAUUGAGUCUCGAAUUCCGGGAGUUUCGCUGGACGUUGCAUGGAGAUAUCUUGACACAAAUCAGAUUGAUGUCCUAAAGAAUCAGUGUCGUCAGAUUUUACAGGUCCUCAGUACCAUUGACUCGCCCUCCAACGAACCCUCCUACGUAUCGUCCGCACUCAACUCCCAGACACCGCCCUCCAUCGAACCUCGCGAGCGAGAUAUCCUGUUCACAGAAAAAGGCAAGGACGAGGAACUGUGCCUAACACACAAUGACUUGAUUCGAAGCAACAUUAUCGUCCGAGAUGAUCGAAUCGUGGGAAUUGCUGGUUGGCGACAAUGCGGGUAUUUUGGCAUCAUCAGAUCUCACAAGGUCCACCGCCUCUUCAGAGAUGUAUCUCAUAACAGCAGCGGCAGCUCCGAAAAGGCAGACACCUGGGCUGACCUCUACGAUGGAGCUUAUGACCCCGCCAAAAGUGCUCCGCUAGUCGCAAAUCAAGAUACAGCUCUGCCUUCCGUGAAAACUGAACCAACAAGCUCUACUUUGGACAGAUUCCCCGACAACGAUGACUUCGAUACCAAGUCGGUCGGUCUUGAUGGCCCAGAUGACUGGCCUACAUCGAAGAAAGUCUCUGAUUUGAAGCAUGGGCUGACGUCGAGGGCAUCCUCGUCCGACCGAUCAUCGCCAGCAAACUCGGUGAAGCUAUCAAACAAAAAGCCCGCAGGCAGCGCUGCGAAGAAAGGAACUGCCAAGAAGCCUGCGCCAAAAAAGCGGAAGGUGGCCGACCCAGACGCAGACAGCGUCGAUGGGCGCCGUUCCAAUACACCAGUCUCUCGGACCAGCAAGACUCCUGGAAAGAAACAAGGGUCCGUUUCGAUAGCAGGCUCGCCAGCACCUGAAGAGAAGAAAAGGUCUAGAAAGAAGGGACCCAAGGCAGCCGCCGAAGAUGAUGAUGAAGACUUUGACGAAAAUGCAGUCUUUUGUGUUUGCCGCCGACCUGAUAAUCAUACUUGGAUGAUUGGAUGCGACGGCGAUUGUGACGAUUGGUACCAUGGAAAAUGUGUCAACAUGCACCCUCGGGAUGCUGAACUGAUCGAUCGGUACAUCUGCCCGAGGUGUGCAAGUGAGGGCAAGGGAUACACGACAUGGAAACCAAUGUGCCGUUUAGUCGAAUGCCGCAAACCCGCGCGCGUCACGCGAAACAACCCGAGCAAAUACUGCUCUGAUGACCAUGGCCGAGAGUUCAUGCGCCAGCAGACCCAACAGCUCAAGACCAAGGCCGGUCAGACAAAGGGCCGCUUCGAAGACCUGGGUAGCAUGGGUGGUAUUCUCACAGCCGGCGACCUGAAAGCCGCCAUCAUGGGCGUAUCAUCCACACAAGAAUUCCGGACUCUCGGAGACCGAAUCUCAAAGAGCGGCAAAUGGUUAAGCGUCGAUGUCUAUGCCGAAGGCACAGAAUAUUCACCCGACGAAAUCGCCAAGAUCGAAAAACUCCGCAAACAACACGAAGAACUAAUCCACCGCAAAGAAAUGCUCACUGCACGCUCAACAUUCGUAUCCCUCCUCCGCCCCCGAGCAAAAGGCAUCGUGGAAAGAUUAAAACAGCACGAACCAAAGGGCGGAUGGAAAGAUAUCUGCGGUUUCGACUCGAGACUUUCCUGGUCCGACCAGGAAUUCGACGAAUGGCGACUCUCGAAAUCUGGACAGAGGGCUCUGGCAGAGGGUACAGUCGAAGCCUUGGCUGCAGGCUAUCGUUCUACCACUGAUGCAGACGGCGAUACAGCCAUGGACAGCGAAGCAGACCCCAGCAUUACAGCCUUGACGCAAGGCGUCUGCACCAAGAAGCGGUGCGAGAGACAUAAGCAAUGGAUAAAGGUUCAGCAGCAGGAUAUUCUUUUCGAAGAGGAGACUGCAGCGCAGGAUCUUGCCAAGUGCGAGGAAGAGGCGAAAUCUGUCGUUGAGAGGGGUGUUAUGCGAAAAUGGGCUGAGAAGGAUAACACACUCUGA